GAUGGGGUUUUGUCAUGUUGACCAGGCUAGUCUCAAAUUCCUGAUCUCAGACAAUCUGCCCAUCUCAGCCUUCCAAAGUGCUGGGAUUACAUGCGUGAGCCACUGCACUCAGCCGCAUUCUUUUUUAUGACUGAAUAAUUUCAUUACAUGGAGAGAUCACAUUUUGUAGACACAUUUAUGUAUAAGUUUUUACUUGAACACUUGUCUUGGAUGUAUGCUUAGAAGUGGAAUUGCUGGAUCACAUGAUAAUUCUAUAUUUAACUUACUGAGGAACUCUCAAACUGUUUUUCAUAGUGGCUCCACCAUUUUCUAUUCCCACAAGCAGUAUAUAAGGGUUCCAAUUUCUCCACAUUUUUGCCAACAUUUAUUUUCCUUUUCAAAAAUUAUACCCAUCCUAAUGGAUUUGAAGUAGUAAGUAUCUCAUUGUUUUGGGAUUUUUGUUUUGUUUUGUUUUUUGCUGUGGUUCCUUUUAGAGACUGGGUCUCCCUCUGUCACCCAGGCUGGAGUGUGGUGGCAUGAACAUAGCUCACUGCAGCCUCAACCUCUUGGGUUUAAGGCAUCUUCCUGCCUCAGCCUCCCAACUAAGUGGGCCCAUAGGCGCACAGCACUGAAAAGGAGAAAUUUCUUUUUUUUCUUUUUGAGACAGAGUCUCACUCUGUUGCCCGGACUGGAGUAUAGUAGCGUGAUCUUGGCUCACUGCAACCUCCACCUUCCAGGUUCAGAUGAUUCUUGUGCCUCAGCCUCCCCAGUAGCUGGAACUACAGGCGUGUCCUACCACACCCAGAAAAUUUUUUGUAUUUUUAGGAGGGAUGGGGUUUCACAAUGUUGGCCAGGCUGGUCUUCCCAGGUGAUCACCCCAGGUGAUUCAUCUAAAAAAAAAAUGUUAUCUAGACAAAGACCUUACACCCUUCAUAGAAAUUAACUCACAAUGGAUUGUAGACCUAAAUGUAAAACGCAACACUAUAAAACUCUUGGAAGAUAACAUAGGAGAAAACUUACCUAACUGAUCUUGGACAUGGCAAUAACUUUUUAGAGCAAUACCAACAGCAUAAUCUGUGAAAAAUAUAAUUGAUAAGCUGGACUUCAUUAAAAUUUAAAACUUCUGCUCUCCAAAAGAAGAAUGAAAAGACAAGCCACAGACUAGGAGAAAAUAUUAUAAAAAAUACAUCUGAUAAAGGAGUGUUAGCCACAACAUACCCGGAACUCUUAAAUCUCAGCAAGAAAAUAACACAAUGUAAAAAUGGGCAAGAUACCUGAACAAACACUUCAUCAAAGAAGGUAAACACAUGGCAAGUAAGUACAUGAAAAGAUGGUCAACAUCAUAUGUCAUUAGGGAAUUGCAGAUUAAAACAAUAAGAUACUACUUAAACUCCCAACCUCAAGUGAUCUGCCUUCCUUGGCCUCCAAAGUGCUUGGAUUACAGGCGUGAGCCACACGCCUGGCCCAAAACAAUAAGAUACUACUACACAGGGAAAAUCCAAAAUACUGACACCACAAAAAUGCUGACAAGGAUGUGGAGCAACAGAAACCAUCAUUCAAUGCUGAUGGGAAUGCAAUAUGCUCCCGUGACUUUGAAAGACAGUUUGGUAGUUUCUUUUCUCACAAAACUAAAUAUACCAUCCAAUCCAGCAGUUGUACUCCUUGGCAUUUACCCAGAUAAAUUGAAAACUCAGGUCUACACAAAAAUCUGCACAUGCUGUAUAGUGGCUUGAUUCAUAAUUGCCCAAACUUGGAAGCCGUCAAGAUGUCUUUUCUUGGCUGAACAGAUAAACUCUGGCAUCUCCAGACAAUGGAAUAUUAUUCAACACAAAAAAUAACCUUAAAAGCAUGUUACUAAGUGAAAGAAGCUGACGUGAAAAGGCUGCAUACUGUAUGAUUCCAAGUAUAUGGGAUUCUGAAAAAGGCAAAAACUAUGGAGACAGUAAAAGGAGCAGUGGCUGCCACUGGUUAGGGGACUGAGAAGGAUGAAUAGGUAGAGGACAGAGGACUUUCAGGUCAGUGAAACUAUUGUGUAUGACACCAUAAUGGUGGAUACAUGUCAUUACACAUUUGUCAAAACCCACAGAAUGUGCAACACUGAGGGUAAACUCUAAUGUAAACUGUGGACUCUGGGUGAUAAUGAUGUGUCAAUGUAGGGUCAUCAAUUGUUACCAAAUGUACUACUGUAGCGCAAGAUGUCCAUAAGGGGACAGGUUGUGCAUGUAUGUGCCUGUGUGUACAGGGGAUAUAUGAGAACUCUGUACUUUCUGUUCAAUUUUGCCCUGAACCAAAAACUGCUCUAGUUUCAUUAAUAACAGUAAUUUUAAAAAGCCAGGGCCCCUUCUGACCUAGGGAAUCUCUGGUGAUGGAGGGGGAGGGGUGUAGUCCCCUAGAAAGUUGAAAUUUUUCAAAGUUACUCAACUGAUUUUGUAGAGCUAGGUUUGGAACUGCUACCCUUUUCUAUGCUGCCCGACCAAGUAGUGGUUCCUGAACCAGGUGUCAGGCUUCAAAGUUGUGCAAAAUUUCUCAUUACACUGUCUGGGCCCUAAAUGUAUGCUUUCCCCUCACCCCAUAAAUCAAGACUCUAAAACGCCAAGGAUAGGAGAGCAGCACUUUCCCGUGUACUGAGUAUGCAGGCAAGGGAGAGCAGUCAAGCACAGACUGGCUGAUACCUAACCCCCAAAUGGGCUGAAGCAGAUACACUUUGAAGAUCGACCACGGCGGAAAUCUUUUUUUUUAAUCCGUCAGGGGUGUCCCACUUAUUGGGUCCCACAGCUGCGGUUUAGCAAGGAGUGGGUCUCACGUCACCAGGCCUCCCUCAAAGUCCUCCGCUCUAGCUUUGCGAUUGGCGUUGGGGGAACAGGAGGGGAGGUGGGUGCUUUCAUCGAGACUGCUGGGGGGGCCCGGACAUCGAGGCCGGGGAGUCGUGGGUAGAGCCCCGAUUCCAGCCAAGACGCCAUAGGACAUAAGUGAGCGUGGAGCGCAAAACGGCUACCCAAGCACAAUUCUGGAAGACCGAAGGGCCGUUCUUCCACCUCUUAAAUUUCCCGGGAGCCACGCCCCUCAACGGCCCGCUUUGGAUUCCAAGGAGUCGCGCCGGAAGUGACCUCACGGAGGUGGCGAGGAGACGUGGGGGAGCUUCCGGCGGCGGCGUCGGUGGUUACCGCCGAACAGUGAGGGUAGACGUGGUGAGAGCCCCUCUUUGGGUCCCCUGGUGUUCUGUGGUCGACUUGGUGGUGGUGUGCGGAGGAGCUCGAGGCCCGUCGGCUCGGAGGCUUACAGGUAUACGCUGGGUCAUUGGUCUUAAAACAUUUCUGUUAGAGAGUUUCUGGAAGACUGGGGAGUCUGUUAGAUCUUAUAUCCUUUUCAGUUGGCACCUGAAACUUUGCAUCAUAGAUUUAAAUAGUAGACUGGGUUUCACCAUGUUGACCAGGAUGGUCUCGAUCUGUUGACCUCGUGAUCCACCCGCCUCAGCCUCCCAAAGUGCUGGGGAUUACAGGCAUGAGCCACCACGCCCGGCUGAAAUCUGAUCUAUUUUCUUAGGAUUAGUUAAAUGAUACUGGUUGAGGAAAAAGCACAACAUUGGGAAACAAAAUAUUACCACCAGAACUGUACACUGAAUAGUUCCUUCUCUUCAAGUGGUCUCACGUCUGAAACAUGGCUACAGAUUGGCUGGGAAGUAUUGUGUCCAUCAAUUGUGGAGAUAGCUUGGGUGUCUAUCAGGGAAGAGUGUCAGCUGUGGAUCAGGUCAGCCAGACCAUCUCCCUCACCCGGCCUUUCCAUAAUGGAGUGAAGUGUCUUGUUCCAGAAGUCACCUUCAGGGCAGGUGACAUUACGGAGUUAAAAAUUCUGGAGAUACCAGGACCUGGAGACAACCAACAUUUUGGAGACCUUCAUCAGACAGAAUUAGGCCCCUCUGGUGUUGGCUGCCAAGUGGGCAUCAAUCAGAAUGGCACAGGCAAGUUGGUCAAGAAGCCAGCGUCUUCCAGCAGUGCCCCUCAGAAUAUCCCUAAGAGAACAGAUGUGAAGAGCCAAGAUGCUGCCGUUUCCCCCCAGCAGCAACAGUGCUCAAAGAGCUACGUCGACAGGCACAUGGAAUCCUUGAGUCAAUCCAAAAGUUUCCGUCGUCGACACAACUCCUGGUCAUCUAGUAGCAGGCACCCAAAUCAAGCAACUCCAAAGAAAAGUGGUGUAAAGAAUGGCCAGAUGAAGAAUAAAGAUGACGAGUGCUUCGGGGAUGAUAUUGAAGAGAUCCCAGAUACAGAUUUUGAUUUUGAAGGGAACCUAGCUCUUUUUGACAAGGCAGCUGUGUUUGAGGAGAUCGAUACCUAUGAAAGGAGAAGUGGUACCCGUUCCCGCGGCAUCCCAAAUGAAAGGCCUACUCGGUACCGCCAUGAUGAGAACAUCCUGGAGUCAGAGCCCAUUGUCUACCGACGGAUCACAGUGCCCCACAAUGUGAGCAAGGAGUUCUGCACAGACUCUGGCCUUGUUGUCCCAAGUGUUUCCUAUGAGCUACAUAAAAAGCUGUUGUCCGUGGCUGAGAAGCAUGGGCUGACCCUGGAGCGGAGACUGGAGAUGACAGGCGUGUGUGCCAGUCAGAUGGCACUGACCCUCCUUGGAGGACCCAACAGGUUGAAUCCCAAAAAUGUUCACCAGAGGCCUACAGUGGCUCUGCUGUGUGGACCUCACGUGAAGGGGGCUCAGGGUAUCAGCUGUGGAAGGCACCUAGCCAACCAUGAUGUUCAGGUCAUCCUUUUCCUGCCUAACUUCGUCAAGAUGCUGGAAUCUAUCACCAAUGAGCUGUCACUCUUCAGCAAGACCCAGGGCCAACAAGUGUCUAGCCUCAAAGAUCUGCCCACUAGCCCUGUGGACCUGGUCAUCAACUGCCUGGAUUGCCCUGAGAACAUCUUCCUGCGUGAUCAGCCCUGGUACAAGGCAGCUGUGGCUUGGGCCAACCAGAACCGGGCACCAGUACUCAGCAUAGACCCUCCUGUGCAUGAAGUUGAACAGGGCAUUGAUGCCAAAUGGUCACUGGCACUGGGCCUGCCUCUGCCACUGGGGGAGCAUGCCGGCCGUAUCUAUCUGUGCGACAUUGGCAUUCCCCAGCAGGUCUUCCAGGAGGUGGGCAUCAACUACCACUCGCCCUUUGGCUGCAAGUUUGUCAUCCCACUGCACUCUGCCUAGAGGGUUCCUGCACAGGCAGGACUCUGCCGUCCCCGGCUGCUCCUGAGGACAAAUGCCUUAAGGAUUUGAAGCUUCAUGGACCUUGUUGUUAAAAGUUUUUCUCUCUUGGGUUUGUUUCUUCUGUGAGAGAACAGAACUUACUUAAAACUGACCUGUCACUUGCCCUGAGCCAGGGAAGUCUUUCCAACUGUGUUCUGGGCACGCGGCAGGUGAGUGUGCAGCAGCUCCAGGCAUCUCUACCCUCAGCCCCCUGCACGCCAGGCGGGCCUUCGUUUACAGACAUAGGCAGCUCUCAGACUAUAUUUCAGGUUUACAGCCACUGGGCCUGGGCACACGCAUUGAGGAGUGGGCCGGGUCCUUUUUGGGGGCUUGUACCUGCUCUUAUUUCAGAGCUUGUGGCUUUGUAUCUCCCCUGCUUUCCCCACGCAGACAGCCCUUCCUCUAAUCACCUAGAACCAGCUGCAUGGCAGCUGUCCACCAGAGGGCAGACCUGCGCUCUCCACUCAUUUCCAGGGCUGUGACAGACCCGGCCUUCCCCUACCCACAUCAGAAGUUGAUUUGGGGGGCUUCUGACCCUUUCUCCUGAGCUGAUACAAGUUUUAGGCUGAUUUUUCCAAGGAUUCCUCCCUCCUUUCCCCUCCAUCACUCAGAGGUAGGGAAGGGGCGGCAUUAGGAUGGUGUUUCUGUGUUGGGAUUUUAUGUUCUGUCGUCUUCAGCACAGGUAGUAUAAGGUUAUAUUACUGUAGAACCACAGUGCCCAUCUUGCCAGCAGUGCCCUCCCCCACCCCCAAAGCUCAGCAGGCCAAGACUUUGCCUAGUCUGGGGCCAGACCCCUCAGAUAGGGAUAUCCCUGGGGGAGGCUGGUGCUCAGCCAGAAGAGGCUUCCUGGUGCUUCUGUCCUAGGCCACCACUCCCCCACCCCUUUGCCUGCACAUACAUGCUCCACCUACUCUUUCAUCCCCUCUGCCCUUACCCUGAAAUGGUCCUUUGCAGCUGUCAUCCCAGAGCAGGGUGCAUGGGCUCCCCUGCUUGGACUCCACCCAGCUCUUAAAACAUCUGGGCUUUGAACCCUUUACAGUUAGUUGUCCAGUCUAGAUGAGUAGGUUUGAGGCCAGCACCGUGUCUCAAAGAUGGCAAAAUGAGGCCAGUUCUGGAUGAGGUAGCUGGUGUGGGGGUCCAACCAUAGAAACCUCAGAUCCUAAGGCACUGAGCCCCAGGGCCUUCCCAGGCCUAGGCCCUGGAGGCUGGUAGAACAGGAGCUAUGCCUUGGCAGCACAAGCCCUGCCAAGGACUUGUGCUUAAGCCUGCUUUGGGGCUUUGGGCUUCUUCUGCUGUGUUUGCCCAGAGUGGCUGAGCAGGUGGAUGGGCAGACAGGGGCUCACCAAGGAUUGUGGACACAGGGUAGGCCCUGGUGCCAUAGGUUUCAGGCUGCUAUCACUUUUCUUGUAGGAGCAUAGCCAGAAGCAGAUGAGCCAGGGUAGAAGGCUGGCCCCUCCUCUCAUCUUCCCACCAAUGUUAAAUUGUCUCUAGAGGUGGGAAGAGGCCAGGGACCAUAAGCCUCAUGUUGUGUAUUUGAGCCUCUGCUCAGGCUCAGGGCCAAGCAGCUCCCAGGCUGGAGUCCUCUCUUUAGAGGCAGGGCCACAAUCUGAGGCACAGUCUAGGUUACAGGCAUUUUAGUAGGCAGGUUCUGGCUGCCUGUUAAUAGGCCUCCUGAGUAGGUAUAGUGAGAAACAAGCUAGAACAACCCUGGCCCAGGAGACUGCUCUCUCCAGCAAAAUCCAGGGAUGCCAGCCGAGGGGCCACUGGGAGUUUGUACCCAAGCUUCUCACUCCUCUCUCCCCAGGGGGCCUUGGGGCUUGUCCCUUCCCUCAUCCUCAGCCUAGGCCUUCCACAGAGGUGUUGAAGAGAAGUAAGAUUCCUGUCUUCAGUUAUUUCAGGGGCAUCCUGCCUAUAGUAUCCAGUUCCCAAGGAGUCCCCAGUCACGUGGUGAAGCCUAGCACUCAUGCAGCUCUUAGAGAACCAAAAACCAGCACUGAAAUAAAGCUGAAUGACUGA